GCCCACUUUCCAUGUUGUGUCUAGGGCGUUUUCCCUACCACUCCCCUUUGUCUUUCCAGUAGUAGGUUCUCCCAUAGAAUAAGUGAUGGAAAAGAUGGGCUGUAGAAUAUCACAGCCAGGUUCAUAUCCCAUCUCUGCCACAACCUAGACACAGACUCUGGGUGAAUGCCUUACCUCUCUGAGCAUUAGUGGUGUUUUUUGUUUUGUUUUGUUCUGUUUUUGUUUUUCUUUGAGGGAGUACCAUCUGUAAAAUGAAAAUGAUAAUCUAGUAUCUCCUUCAUAAGCACAGUUAUUAGGGCUGGGAGUAAACAAUUGGAAAGUAUUCAGCAUACUACUUGACUCAUAUAAGCAAGUCUGCUAUUAAUGAGGCUUUUAGCAUGUUUCAUUUUUAGUGUGAUUAUUCUCCCACUUAAGAUUUGAAAAAGCGAAUCCCCCCCCUUUUUAAUGAAAACUAUGAGAAUCUGAAUGGAGCCUAGAGUGUACAGUUACAGCAUAUAGAUUCAAAUACAGUUCCAAGAUUAUUAAUGGCUUCACCAAAUAGAAAGUAUUUCUCUUAAUGUAAACUUCUAGUGGAGUGGAGUGGCACAUACCUAUAAUCCCAGCACUGAGGAGGCUGAUGCAGGAGAACUUUGAGGCCAGCUUGUGGUAUAGUGCACUACAUAGGGGGACCCUGACAAUACAUUAAUUAAUUAAUUAAUUAAUUAAUUAAUUAAUUCUAGGCUUGUAGAAUGCAUCUUUCUUACUGGUGCCCACCACAGUCUGCUUUCUCCCCACAAAUCACCCAUUUUAUAACUUUUCUCUGCAUCUCUAGUCCACCUGUGCCAAAAUAAAUGAUUGUUUAAGAUAAGGCUAAAUUAGGGCCAGGGAUUUAGCGCAAAGGUUCCGCCACAUGCCUCGAAAGUGCAGGGUCCUGAGUUCAAUCUCCAGUACCAAAAAUAAAUAAAUAAGGCUAAAUUUUAAAAAAUAAAAUAAGGCUAAACUUGCACCGUAGUCUUCAGGGUCUCAGGCCCUAUCUAUCUUGAGCUUUAACCAUACUGGGGGUGGCCCUCGCAGGAUGGCAGCCAUCACACCACAGCCCGACCAGAGAAGAGAGGUAUUUCUGUCAUGGACUCAUUUAGCUACAAGGGUAACUGGAAAACAUAGCCGUGAGCAAAUUCGUCUAUUCCAGCCAGUAAUCUUACGGUGGGCCCUUACAGUCUUUUCCUGUCCACACCCCACCCUCUCCCCCAUGGGAGAGGAACCGGAAGUCAGUAGAAGAGCUGGCCGAGCACCCACCCACGUGGGUUCAGGAGAGCGGAAGUCUGUUUUCGCCUAGCCGUAAAACGCAGCUGGCUUCCGAUUUUUGCGUCUUUCAGUUGACGAGAAGGGUUGCGUCUGUUGGUGUUGACCUUCCUCAUGCUCAGAAAUAUUGGACCUUUGCCGAUUCAACUUUUCCCUGUUGGCCCUGGCUUCACCUUGUAUCAUGUUCAAGAAAUUUGACGAAAAGGAAAAUGUGUCCAGCUGCAUCCAGUUGAAAACUUCAGUUAUAAAGGGUGUUAAGAACCAACUGGUAGAGCAGUUUCCAGAUAUUGAGCCAUGGCUUAAUCAAAUCAUACCUAAGAAAGAUCCUGUCAAAAUAGUCCGAUGCUAUGAACAUACAGAAAUCCUUGCGGUAAAUGGAGAAUUAGUAUUUUUUGCACAAAGAAAAGGGCCUUUUUAUCCAACCCUAAGGUUACUUCACAAAUACCCUUUUAUCCUGCCACAUCAGCAAGUUGAUAAAGGAGCCAUCAAAUUUGUUCUCAGUGGUGCAAAUAUCAUGUGUCCAGGUUUAACUUCUCCAGGAGCCAAGCUUUACCCUGCCGCAGUAGAUUCUAUUGUUGCAGUCAUGGCAGAAGGAAAACAGCAUGCUCUGUGCAUUGGAGUCAUGAAGAUGUCUGGAGAAGACAUUGGGAAAAUUAAUAAAGGAAUCGGCAUUGAAAAUAUCCAUUAUUUAAAUGAUGGACUGUGGCAUAUGAAGACAUAUAAAUGAGACAAAUACACUGAGGCUAAAUAGGAAUAUUGUGUUACGUGUUUGUUUCUUUGUGUGAUAGCAUGAUGGCACUGUUUAUGCCGAAUUAAUAGUUUUGUUUUUUUUUUUGUUUUGUUUUGUUUUGUUUUUUGGUAU